AUGCGGACCGCCAGACGACCAGACGAAAAUGACGUCGUUAUUGUGAUGGUGAUGGAGAGAUGGGAGGAGAUGGACGCUAAGAGUUUUCGAUGGGACGAGGAGUCGCCAAAAUUACUCCUCACCACUUAUAUGGUGCAGAAGUGUAUGUUGGAGAACGAUGACCACGCCCACCGGAACGACAACAGAGAUCGAGAGAUCCGGAUUUAG